AUGAGGGUCGACCAUAAGCAGGUUGUAGAAACCCGCGAGGCAAAUGUUUCCUCGGAAAAGAUUAUCGACGACUCGCAGUCGGAUGUCUUGCGAGCAGCAGGAAUUGGCAUCCAAGAGGAUGACCCGACGGAACCGGUUCUGACGCUGCGCAUGUGGCUUCUGGGAAUUGCGUUUUGUCUCGUGGCCAGCGGUCUUAACACGUUGUACACGCUUCGAGUGCCUUCGAUCACGAUCUCAUCGUCCGUCGUUCUGUUGUUGGCUUAUCCUUUGGGUAAACUAUGGGAGAAAGUCAUUCCCAGCUGGAACGUGCCUCUGGGAGGAUGGAGUUUCAAUUUGAACCCUGGAAAAUUCAAUCAAAAGGAACACAUCCUGAUCUACAUAAUGUCCAACCUCAGCAUCUACGUCCGUCUCGGCGCUGACGUCUUGACCGAACAAGAAAUGUUCUACGGACUCAAAACCGGCUGGGGAUUCAAAAUCUUGAUCACUAUGGGAACAUUUCUCACGGGCUUCUGCCUGGCUGGUCUCUUCCGCUCGGUCGUUGUCAAUCCCCCUGAGCUCAUCUGGCCCGGAGUCCUCAGUACAACUUCUUUGGCUACAACCCUUCACCAUGUAGGCCGGGGAGACCACUUCACAAGUACAUGGAAGAUUUCCCGAUAUGCCUUUUUCAGCGUCGUAUUCUGCAUCUCGUUCUGCUGGUACUGGUUCCCGGACUUUAUAUUUCCGGCUCUGAGUUAUUUCACCUUUCCAUGCUGGAUCAACCCGAAAAGCAAAGUGGUUAAUCAACUUUUCGGCAUGAAAACCGGCAUGGGGCUGCUGCCUUUGACUUUUGAUUGGAGUCAAAUCUCGUACGUCGGUUCGCCCCUCUUGAUUCCUUCCUGGGCCAUCCUGAACGUCUUCCUCGCCUUGGUGUUCUGGAUCUGGAUUGUGGCAGUGGCCUGCUAUUACACUAAUGUCUGGUACUCGGGGUACCUACCUUUCCAGAGCUCAUCGAUUUACGACAACACUGGAGGAACUUAUAAAGUGGCCAAGGUUGUCAGCGCAGCCACUGGAUACACUCUGGACGUGGAAAAAUACAGAGCCUACUCGCCAGUCUACAUGCCCAUUGUCUACGCACUGAACAUGUUCGGCCUGUCUUUCGCAACGCUAAGCUCGCUGCUUGUCUGGGUGUUCCUCGAGAAACGCCACGUCAUGGCCUCCGCGGCACGCAGCAUCCCCAAGCUCCUCACCCAGUCUUGGAAACGGGAUGCAUCUGAGGAGAAAACAAACGAUAUCGACGUUCCCAUGUGGUGGUAUCUAAUUGCCAGUAUUAUAGCUCUGUUCAUGACCAUCUUCGCCGUCGAGUGGUGGGAGACCGAGCUACGAUGGUACGGCGUCUUGCUCGCUUGGGCUGUCGCGCUGGUAUUCUUCGGUCCGCUCGCCCUCGUCUACGGCUCCUCCAGCCUCAAAAUCAACAUCGACAUCUUCUGCCGCAUCGUCGCCGGCUUCGUCUUCGAGGGCAAAGUCCUCGCUAACAUCUGGUUCUUCGACGUCGGCUACAUCACCACCAUCAAGGGCCUCUGGUUUGCCGAGGACAUGAAACUAGCCCAUUACUGCAACAUCCCCCCUCGCAGCCUCUUCCUCGUCCAAUGCGUCGGCAUGGUCGCCGGAACCCUCAGCUCCGCGAGCGUCCUAACCUGGGCCCUCGGGCACAUCGAGAACGUCUGCACCUCGGACGCAGUAAACGGCUUCUCAUGCCCCUUCUCCCGCACACACUUCAACACCAGUCUGAUCUGGGGCGCCGUCGGCCCCCGCCGCUACUUCACCAGCCAAGUGGGCUACUCCGCGCUCCUGUACUUCUUCAUUCUCGGCGCCCUCCUCCCCAUCCCCGUGUACCUACUCAAGAAACGCUACCCACACUCUCUGUGGCGGCGCGUGCAUAUCCCGCUAUUCCUGGGCGGGUUGAAUUAUCUGCCCCCUGCGACGGGGACGAGUUAUGGUAGUUGGGCGCUCGUGGGACUGGUGUUUGGAUGGGGACUCAGGAGGAGGGUGUAUGGGUGGUGGUUUAAGUAUAAUUUUGUGCUGAGUGCGGCGUUGGAUUCUUCGGUUUCCAUUGCCGGGGUGGUUAUUUUCUUUGCCAUCUUUUAUAGUGGCGCGUCGAAAGGGUUUAGUUGGUGGGGGACGGAGGUUCAUAAGAAUACCUGUGACUGGGACGGAUGUGCGAAUUUGGCGGUUCCGGAGGGAGGGACCUUCGGCCCUUGA